UGCACACUUGCCUGAAAAGGUUUCAGUGUAUUUCCAUAACAAGGAAGAGUAACAUUAAAUAAAUUCAUUCUUCCAGCAGCACAGCAGAGGACUCUUUAGACACACAGGAGUUACGGGGAGACGAGAGGACAGCGAGCACGGGGUGCUCAUCACGGAGAAGCGGAGACAGGAGCACUAGCACUGGGAAGAGGACACGUCAUGGGAGUCGGGAGAGCACGGGAUUUAUUGUCAUGUCUGUCCAUCACUGUAAAUAAAGGCACUGCUUGUACAUAGAGCACCGCGCCUGGGUCCUCCUUCCCUACACCUCCACGGUCUGCCAGCCAGACGGUGACAAAAGAUCAUCAACAUGACGGCUGCCAGCUAUCUUCUGACUGAAGAGCAGCUUUUGUGCUGCAUCUGUCUGGACGUGUUCAGGGAUCCCGUCACACUCCCAUGUGGACACAACUUCUGCAAAGACUGCAUCACGGAACAUUUAAAUUUUAAUUCCCAGCGCAAGUGUCCCAUGUGCAAAGAGCAGGUGGAUAGGAAAUAUAAGCUUGGUGUGAAUACUUUCAUAUCUGAGAUGGCUGUUCAGUUUAGAAAAACUGUUGGAAAGAAAGCUGAUGAUAGCUCAGAGCAACACAAUGCCAUACAAGAAAAAGGUUCUUAUGAUGCUCCUGCUGCACCUAAACGGACAUCGCUGAAGUCCUGCCUGUUCAUAAUUCUUAGCUUAACCUUUCUUACACUCUUCUUUGUAGCUAAUCUACAUUUUCAUCAAACAGUGUCCAUCUUAAAAUCUCACAAGCUGUUUAAUUCUGUGGAGAAAGAAGAAGACAGGAUGUGUGCUGAGCAUGGCAAACCUUUGGACUUCUAUUGCAAGAAUGAACAAAUGAUCAUAUGUCAGUCAUGUGUGGACGCAGAUCACAGAUUUCACCGGGUAGUUCCCCUGAAAGAGGAAUAUGAAGCAAAAAAAACACAACUUGGGAUAACAGAGGCUAAAAUUCUCCACAUGAUCCAAGAGAGACAAAGAAAAGUCCACGAGCUCAAACAAUCUUUAAAGCUCAGCACAGAAGCUGCAGACAGAGAGACAGCAAAUGGUGUUCGGGUCUUCUCGGCUCUGAUUAAGUCUCUGGAAAGAGCUCAGGCAGAGCUAAUCGAGAUGACUGAAGAGAACCAGAAAAGGACAGAGAAACAGACCAAAGUUUAUAUCACAGAGCUGGAGCAGGAGGCCUUUGAGCUGACAAGGAGACGUGAUGAGAUGGAGGAACUCUCACGCUCUAAAGACCGUCUUCGUUUCCUCCAGAGCUUCCCGUCCCUGAAUGCUGCUCCACCCACCAAAGACUGGACAGAUGUCAGCAUCUGUCCAGCAAUAUACGAGGGAAUCACAAGGACAGCUUUGGUGAAAGCUGUGGAUGAGCUGACAGAGACCAUCAAGAAUGAGGUGAAGAUGAUACGGGACGCUCAGUUCAACAACAUUCGGCAGAAUGCGGUGGAUGUUACUUUGGAUCCCGAUACGGCACAUCCUGCUCUCAUCCUGUCCAAUGAUGGGAAGCAAGUGCAUUGUGGUGAUGAAUGGAAGGAACUGCCAGACAGCUCAAAAAGAUUUGAACCUGCAAUUUCUGUUUUAGGGACACGAGGCUUCUCCUGUGGAAGACUUUACUAUGACGUCCAGGUUAAAGGAAAGACUGGGUGGACGUUAGGAGUGGCCAAAGGGUCGGUCAAUAGGAAGGGAGAAAUUAAACUUAACCCAGAGAACGGCUACUGGGCUAUAUAUCUGAGGGACAGAAAUGAGUACUUUGCACUUGCUGCCGAUCCUGUCCCUCUCUCUGUGAAUGAUCACCCAGAGAAGGUGAGAGUUUUUGUGGAUUAUGAGGAGGGUUUGGUUUCCUUUUAUGAUGUAAAUGCUGCAGUUCUUCUUCACUCAUAUACUGGCCAAACCUUCACAGAGAAACUUUAUCCAUUUUUCAGUCCUGGUAGUAGUGACAGUGGCACAAACACUGCCCCCCUAAUCAUCACUCGUGUCAAACAGCAAAGAUCGGACUAAUUUUUUAUUUUUUUUAACUAUUUGGUUGUUUGGAUGUAAUUUUGUUUUAGUUGGUGGUUCUUAAGGGUAUACUCUUGGUUUUAGGUUUAAAGGAGGCUCACUAACAUCAAUGUUUCACUUAGAAAAGCUGACAUUUAGAAAGAAAUUAUUUCAAAGGAAUUUUUUAUUCAGGUAAAUGUAUUUAUUUUCGGUUUAUUUUAGAAAGGAGUAUAGGAGUAGGAGUAUUUUGGAAGAAAUUAAAACUGUAUAAAUAAACUUUAAUGAGCAUCUUAACGCCCCCUGUUUACAUUGAAAUUAAACUUUGUUAUUAUGGAUUUGUGCUAUAUUGUAAAUAUCAUACCAUAAAAUAACAUGUACACGAAAUACACUAAAAAAGGGCUGUUUGGGAUUUUGACAGCUAUGUUCUGUUGUUCCAGGUUUGCAGCAUUAUGUUGUCAUGGUUACAGGUGACGCUCUUUUUUUGUUGUUAUGCUAGAGCUGCGCCAAGUGGUUGUGUUAGUGUUAGUCUGUUGAAUGCUAAACGGCUGUGCUCCCUGGCUAACACUGCAGGAUGCCAGACUGGACAUUACCUCUGUCUCCUCCUUGUCUGAGCUCGCCACAUUGGUGUCAGAAGUGGGAUAGUUCACCCUCGCCAGAAUGGAGAGAGAUAUUCAGAGGCUGGAGCAAGCCGUCGAGGAGCAGCGGCCCGCUGCAACAAACGCUAGGACAAUGCUUCGUGGGCUGCCUCUGGCAACCAAUAGGCCAAGCCCCCGACAGCAAGCAGUGAUGCCUACAACGCCAGCUAAGGUACCGAAAUACAACGGGCUAACUCCGCUAGAGCCCUACCUCUCACAAGUAUGGCUAGCUGCGAGGCAUAGUGGCUGGAGCGACGAAGAGGCUGCUACACACCUAGCGCUAGCGUUGGAAGGAGAUGCACUGCAGGUACUCCUUGACCUAGCCCGGCAGAUCAGCAUGAGCUCCAGGCCCUCACCAUGGCACUCGAGAGGUGAUUUGGGCAGCGGCACUCCACUGAUCAGAGCAGGGAGCAGCUGACCAACCGGAGCCACUGGACAGGGGAGAGCCUGGGCACCUUUGCAGCUGAUGUGUUGCUAUAUGCUCGUCAUGGCUACCCGGAGUUCCCAGCAGCAGCUUAGCCUGCAUGCUUUUCUGCGAGGACUCUUUCCAGAGCGACUGCGCCAACACGUCCGCCUGGCCAUGCCUCGAACUCUCUGUGAGGCGCUCCUUGAGGCUGAAAGGGCUGAGCUGGUGCUCGCCUCGUGACCUAACCAGCAGGUGACCCCCCCAAAUCAGAGCCUCAGACUGCCACAGGGAGGGAUAGGCUGCGGAGAUAUUCCAGCUGCAGCCCUCGGUGCCCCAGAGGCAUCCCCGUUGAUCGACCGGCCGCUGCUACCGGUGCGAUGAGCCUGGCCACCUGGCGCGUGACUACCUGGCGCCCACCCCGAAGACCAGAACUACGUGGCCUCAGGGAAACGAGAGGGGGAGCGGUGUAGCGAGGGGACCACUGCUCCAGCUUCCUGCCCCCCUCCAAGAAUGAUGCACGGUGUUGGGCCUAGUUGGCCACAUCAAGGGACUCUACCUGAGCUGCUGUGUUGAGGAUCAGCCCUGCCGGGCCCUGGUGGAUGCGGGGGUCUACCAUUUCCCUAAUACGACCUGGGGUGCUCCCUGGGACGUCCGGGCCGCUUGUGAUGGGUUGGUCACCCACUGACACCCAGCUGAUGACAGUGACGGGGGAGAGGACUGACAUGCAGGGGAAGAAACGUUGCGGAUCCGAGUGAAGGAUGUGGAGGUGGUGCAUGACUUCUGGCUUGCUGACAUCCAAGACCAGUGCAUCAUCGGCCUUGAUCUGCUGACCUGCUGGGGGGCCUGCAUUGACACCGCGAAGCUGGCGAUCACUCUUGGUACAGAGACUCUGGCCCUCCAGUGCAGUCAAAAGCAGGGAACAGAGGGAACCAGAGACAGACAAGCCGGGCUUCAGGCAGCUGCCACUCAACAGACUUCGGACGCCGGUGGCUCUGGACCAUCUCUACUCACCUCAGCCCCAGUCUCUAGGCCCGACAAACCUCCUUCGACCAAGACAACCCAAGCUGUUGAUGACCUGUGGCCGCGCCAGCGGUUGAGGUGCCUCCUGGACAAGAAUGUGGACAUCAUUGCCGCUAGUGACAGAGACUUCAGGCAGAUGCGGCUGGUUCAGCACACCAUCGACACCGGCUCUGCUCAACCCAUCUGUCUGCGCCCACACCAGCUGCCCUUCUUGAAAUGACUGGGGGAGUGGGCCCAGGAGGCACUGGGCGUGGCUACUGAUCGGGCCACAACAAGCGGAGAGGGAUGGCUCUCGUUGACCAUGCAGCAGCUGAAGCGGGAGCAGGAGGCUGAUGCGAGGUUGGUUUAAGUGGGGGCCUGGCUGGAGGCGGCACAACGCCCAGACUAGACAUGGGUAUCAGGACAGGGGCCCAAAGUGAAGGCCUACUACUCCCAGUACAAUAAUCUGGAGACCCACGACAGCCUCCUAUACCGGACAUGGUGGGCAGCCGGUCAGGGCAAGGGUCUCCUGCAGCUGUUGGUGCCUUGGUCGCUGCGGUCACAGGUGCUCGAGCUUGUCCACGGCUUAUGGGGCCCGGCCACUAUGGGAGUGCCAAAACUCUCCGUCAUCUCAGGGGAUGGUUCUACUGGCCUUCAUGUGCACUGCUGUGACACCUGCACGGCACGAAAGGGCCCCACUUAAUGCUCCACUGCCCCCCUGCAGCAGCACCGGGUGGGGGCCCCGAUGGAGAGAGUGGGAGUGGACGUCCUAGGGCCUUUCCGAAUCGAGUGUUCGUCUGUUGAAUGCUAAUAAACGGCUGUGCUCCCUGCUAAAACUGCGGGAAGCCAGACCAGACGUUACCUCUGUCUCCUCCUUGUCUGAGCUCACCACAAUAUUGAUGUUUCUUUAUUUUACUGUAUUUUCAAUAUAGGUACUAUUAAGUAUUGCUAAGUAUUUUAAAGUAAAACUUAAAGCAUAAGUCUUGGGCAUUAUUAAGAAGUAUUAUUUAUAUAGAUAUUUUGUACCACAUACUGAAAAAAAGUUUAUUUUGUAGCAUGAAAGCCACAUACAUGUCCUCAUUGCUCUUUACAGACCCACUAGUAAUAUAACGUUGAAUUUUUUUUAUAUAUAUUAUAAUAAAAGUGUGAAUAUAAACAUUUGAGCGUUUUUGUCACUCCGGCUGCAAGAUGAAUUUGGAAGGGGGUGCCAAUAGUACUACAGUCCCAAUCAAAAGUUUAAGACGACUCAAUUAAAAAUAAAAGCCAAAAAAUGUAAUCUUUUGCAUGGUUGGAUCUGAACAAGGUUGCAAGUAGAGCCUCAACACUCAUCAAGAAGAAAUGGGAGUGAGACAAAACAUUUUGAGGAUGCAAUUUAUUGAAAACAAUGCUU